CAGCGUCUCCUCAACCCGGGAUGUGCACCUACCCCGGAGAGCGAGAUCAAAGGGAUUUGAAACAGACUGAGGACUGGCGGGGGGAGGGGGCCAGCCAGCCUGUGGAAUCCUCCCGGAGAGGCGGAGGGUCUGGCUUCCACCGUGACUUCGGCGGCCUGGUUGGGUUUUGUAUUAUUAUUUUCAAAUUUCUGAAUCCAGCUUAAGCGAGAGAGAUCUCCGUAGACUGCGACUCCCUGGCUCUCGCUCCAAGAUGAUGCAGAGCGCAGCUGUCCCCGCGGAGGGGGCUGUCAAGGGGCUCCCGGAGAUGCUUGGUGUGCCGAUGCAACAGAUCCCUCAGUGUGCCGGCUGCAACCAGCAUAUCCUGGACAAGUUCAUCCUGAAGGUCCUGGACAGACACUGGCACAGCUCUUGCCUCAAGUGUGCAGACUGCCAGAUGCAGCUGGCGGACAGGUGCUUCUCCAGGGCCGGGAGCGUCUACUGCAAGGAAGACUUCUUCAAGCGCUUCGGCACAAAAUGCACGGCCUGCCAGCAGGGCAUCCCCCCGACCCAGGUGGUGCGCAAGGCGCAGGACUUCGUCUACCACCUGCACUGCUUCGCCUGCAUCAUCUGCAACCGGCAGCUGGCCACGGGGGACGAGUUCUACCUCAUGGAGGACGGGCGGCUGGUGUGCAAGGAAGACUACGAGACGGCCAAGCAGAACGAUGACUCUGAGGCUGGAGCGAAGCGGCCCCGGACCACCAUCACAGCCAAGCAGCUGGAGACGUUAAAGAAUGCCUACAAGAACUCCCCCAAGCCUGCCCGGCACGUGAGGGAGCAGCUGUCCUCGGAGACCGGCCUGGACAUGAGGGUUGUACAGGUUUGGUUUCAGAACAGAAGGGCCAAGGAGAAGCGCCUGAAGAAGGACGCGGGGCGGCAUCGCUGGGGGCAGUUCUAUAAGAGCGUCAAGAGGAGCCGGGGAGGCAGCAAGCAGGAGAAGGAGAGUUCUGCCGAGGACUGUGGGGUUAGUGACAGUGAGCUGAGCUUCCGAGAGGAUCAAAUUCUCUCAGAACUUGGCCACACCAAUAGGAUUUAUGGCAACGUGGGGGACGUUACAGGCGGACAGUUAAUGAAUGGGAGCUUCUCCAUGGACGGGACAGGACAAUCCUAUCAGGACUUGAGGGAUGGGAGCCCCUAUGGAAUCCCCCAGUCUCCAUCCUCCAUAUCGUCCCUGCCAUCCCACGCUCCUUUGCUCAAUGGGCUGGAUUACACGGUGGACAGUAAUUUGGGCGUCAUUGCGCAUGCAGGGCAGGGAGUAAGCCAGACGCUGAGAGCCAUGGCUGGGGGACCCACCUCUGACAUCUCCACAGGAAGCAGUGUAGGCUACCCCGACUUUCCAACUAGCCCAGCCUCUUGGCUCGAUGAAAUGGAUCAUCCUCCUUUUUAAACAUCUCUCCUCCCCACCCUACCCGUCCUGGCUUGAGAGAAUAUCUUCAAGGAUCGAAAGAGACUUGCCUUUUAAGGAUCAAAAGUGCACCAAUGUGAAUUUCCAUUAUUUUCAAUGGAAGUCCUCCGCUGAUCCCUAGGCGGUCGAGAGACCACACUAGGGCACUGUUAUCCUGGGGAAGUGGUGGGAACACUGCCUCCUCUCAGAACACGGCACAGGGGCGCACAGCCUAGAGCGCUAGGGUGCUGCUUGGUGGCUUCCUCCCCUGCCCCCUGCCCUGCUUACAGGCUUUGGCUGCUCAGUGCUUGGGAGCACGCGGUGACUGUCAGGCCACCUUGGCCUUUGGAAACUCUGCUCCGACUGGUGUGUCUCGUGAGAUGUUUCCCGAACCACUGCUCUCACCAGAACUGAGAUUCCUGAGGCAGAGGCAUCACGGCCCUUGAGUAUAAUAAAAGUGAUUUCUGGACCACCCUAUUGAACUCUAAUUUUGAAAAUAAAAAGUCACUUAUUAAAGGUCAGUGAAAACUUUGAUGGCCACCGUUUGAUAUUGAAUACAUGUCCCCUUCUUCUUCUUCUUCUUUUUUUUGCUGGGAGAAAUGUGACUUCUUCCCUGCCCAGAAGUCCAAGGCAGACAACACUUCUCAGUUUUGGUUUUAAAGAAACCCCAUCCCUGUCACUGAAUCCCUGAUGGCAAGAAGUGGUUUUCCUUGCAGGUGACUCAGGCCGGAGCUGAGUGGCCCUGGACCAUCACAGUGAUGCCCGACGAGUCCCCUCGGUGCACAGUGUGCCCUUUUAAUUUGCUCGUUAUCAUUUAUUCCACAAGACAGGCUGAGGGGUACAAAGUGAUCAAAGCUAAAAUGCGGAGAGAACAGAACGACAAUCAGUGAGAGCGUGCGGUCCGCUUAGCCGGGUCAGCAGGCCGCCUCCCAGCGCUCCCCAUCCUGUAGGCUGAAAUGACACGGAGUCCGUUUGCGGGAGUCGCUGUAGAUGAGGUUGCAAGCCCACCCCAGCUGCAGCCAACCCUUCCCAGCCCUUUAAAAAGGAGAGAUUUCGCCACCAUGGUAGCCAGCUCGGUUGGACGGUUUUGGUAUCUUGCAAGAACUAGUAAUGCUUUUCAGCCUCUGUUGGUUGGGAGGGAUCACUAGGGAGCAGCCCUAAGAUCGUCCAAAGGGUUCCAAGUGGUCCUCGGGCCGCCGGUUUCUGGGCUGCUGGUGCUCCAGGCCUGUGCUCAGAGAGGCAGAGCUCUCCAGCCGGUGGCUGUGUGGACUCUCAGCCUGCAGGUUUGUUCUAGCCCAUCACCCAGAGGGCGAGGCCGACCCCUGCUUCAGCUGCACCCUUGCGGCAGCCCGCACUUCUGUGGGAAGUGCCUGGUGUUACGCACCUCACCUCCACCUCUGUCCAUCAGGAAGUUGUCCGUGUGCACGCUGGAAUUUAGCUAGGCAGGAUUUCUCCCAGUACCCUUGGGAAAUGCUGGUUUGCUUCUUCCGGCUUCCGGCCUCCAUUUUCUUAAUCAAGAUCAGAGAGCAGGAGAGGGUGACACGGCAUUGCCUUUCUUCCACUGAAGGGAUGGGGCCAGAGAUCCGAAGGGCCCCUCCUCCUGUGGACGGUUCGUCACCUUUUGAGGACCACAGAGUUUAGGCACGUGGUAGGCGGGGUAAUGGUAGACAAAAAACACUUCCUCUUUGGCUGCUGCAUCUAUUGUAAAUUCCUUUCCAGGAACGAAACUGAGGUCCGUCCAGCUUCUUUAAAAUACAUAGUCAGUAAAUUCCUGGGAUCAGCCUUCAUGCCACGUUUUCUCUGCUCCAUUUGGAUUUUGUACCCUUAUUUUGUGGGGUGCUGCAAUUGCUGUGAGUUUUGCUUGGAGAGUCUACAAAUGUAGACGUCCGGAGGCUCCAAGUGUAGGGAUGCUGGUGUAUUACACCUAGCCAAUUCCGCUGCUGGGAAUGCCCGAGUAGUGUGAGCCCUGGCAGUGCGGGCAGGGGCACACAUGCAAGCUGAUAAGCCACAUGAAGGAAAGGAAGACACAACUGUCUCUUUGGAGGACGGCUGCUUAAACACACGAUUCUUAGCCGGCUGCUCACCAUACAGAGGAGACGGUGCUGGGCAACGAACCAGUGACACACCGUCCCACCCAGACCACUAUCUCGGCUGGACUGUUUGGCCUAGUAUCUCACACGAUCUCAGAGGCACUUCGUAUUUUUGGUGAGCACAGUACAGGGAGGGCGGACUCUCUAGAGACAUGCCCCCCUCUGUAUGACAUUGGGCUUUUAAGAUCACCUGAAGUUGACCCGUUUUUGUUUUUGUACGUGAGUUCAUCAUGCUCACUCCUGAUCCGCUGGUGGAAGAAUGGACGCUGUCCUCAUUCCUACUAAUAACAGAAGUCUCCUGCAGCCCUCAGUGAGCAGUGCAGCCGGUGGUAGUAGCCUCCUUGGUUUUGGUGGGUUGGCUGGCUUGAAGAACCCUUGAGGGAGCACUCCCAGAAAGCCAGAAGAGCUUGAACAAAGUGCCCUAGAGCCACCUCCCCAGAAAGCAGUGAACAUUAGUGCCUCAUUUAGAAGUACAGCCACAAUAACAGGCCUCAGCUUUUAAGUGUAUCUCCUUGCAAGUGAGGUUAGCAUACGGGUGGGCCGGUGCCAUCAGUGAGCCGCAGCAGGCAAACACUAUUCCUUGGCUCUUCUGUGGCUCAGAGAGGGAGAAGAAUAGAACAUCACCCUGAGAUUCUCUGAAGGGCACUCCUCCAUUGCUCCUGAGGGUGAUAGUUUAAUAUUAUAGUAAUAGUCCAUUACUGAGGUAUAAGGUGCUACAUGGGGGUUGGUUCCUCCUGGCUAAAAUGAUAGGAAUUGUUAAAGUGAAACGAGAACUUCUAAAGGCAUUUACGAUAUUCGGAUCUGUCUUUGGCUCUAAGAGAGCAACUAACUAGCAACCAUUAGCUGUGGCGCUUGGCUGAUAGACCCCAGGGGUAGGCGGCUUCUGAAUCCAGGAGCAAAUUAAAGACCCGAAGAAAAACAAACCAACAAACCCUCCCCCCCAAGUUUCCAGGGGUAACUGGUAUGAGCAAAAACGGGACCUGAGGAGCUAUGGAAGAAUCUACAUUUGCUGAGAAGUAAGAGAAGCAUAGAGGAAACACCAAAUCCAAGGGUGAAGCUGGCCCUCUGGGUAAAUCACGUCGCUGGGAAGCCUGGGUCCUUUCAGGGACUUGCUGGGCGACUCAGGCAAACUCGGCUCAGUCUUCGCGUUUUCUCUUUCUUGCCCCGUCUGGUAGUUACGGAUAUAAUGUAAAAUGAAAACUACAUACUGGUUAACAUGAUUCCUGCAGCCUAGCGCAGUAAAACAUCAGGGGAAGAGAACAACAUUAAGACAUAAGCAUUUGAGAGUGUCUCUAAAACUUUGUGUUUUUUGUUUUGUUUUGUUUUUGUUUCCUUGCCAGAGUAAAACAUGAAACCUAGUAAGAUUACUGGGGCCAUCAGAUCUUCAUAGUUAAGUUCCCAUUGCAAAAAGUCUAAGAAAUCUGUGGAACAAAAGACAUUAAUGCCUCUGAAGCUCAAGCUGGUUGUUUUGAAACGACUGCCUCCUCGCAGGAGGGGCUUGAAGGCUUCAGCCCCGCGAAAGGGCCCCAUGACAGCGUGCUGUCUGGCACCCUCGCUCCCAUGUAACCCCUCCCACGCACCACUACUGACAACUCGGUUAUAACCACGGAAAUAAUGACCAUACCUCCUUAGCCAGCAGGGUCUGGAAGGACCGAGGUGGCUCAUUUUGAAACAUUGCACUUUAAAAAUUGGAAACCGUGAGAUGAAGAAAAAUUCAAUUAAGCGGAAAUGAGUUUUGUUUUAUUGCCUGCUGCUGAAGGGCUCUGGGCAUGCUGAAGCUGAAUAAAAAGCACAUCACUGGCUCUCUCUUUCUUGGAUUGGUCCAUUGGCCCUUUUCGCAGUAGUUGCUCCGACUGCUCCACCAUGGUGACUGGAGCCAAAAAGAGAGAGCGCAGCAAAGCCAUCCCAUUCACACACUGCUUGGUAGGACCACACGGAAAGCACAGUUUCAUGCUGCUAGCUCCGGUGAGGGGACAGCUGCAGGUUUGGGAGGUGCGCCAAGCAUUCCUUCCCUUAGGGAGGCAGAGCACAGGUGGACAGAGAAGGACACCCCCACUCUCGUCUGCUGCCCACCUAGAGACAAGAAUCGUUUGUACUUCCCUGCUUGAGGACUGUGUUCAGCCAAACACGUGGCUUCAGGGCUGCGGGGGCCCAGAAAGCGGCUCUGGACUUGCGUUCAGACCUCCAAGCCCCAGAUCCCCUAAGCUCUGGAUUGUUGCCCUCACCCUUUGCAGUGUAAAUUUUGUACAGUUAAAAAGAAAUGAAGCCUCAUUUCCUGGAAAAAAAAGAAAAAGAAAAAGACAAAAAAAAAAAGGACCCACCCAUCCUUAUUUAUUGCCAUGUGACUUUGGAACACAGAAGUUGGUGCGUUUGUCUGUCUAUGCCUCCUGUGUGUUGGCAUGAGAUGUGUAUGGUAACACUAUGUCCAAUAAAUAUGGAAAUUCUUUAGAA